AUGUUCCGUAUUCCUUCUGCUCAUCAUAACAUUUCAAUGACGAACGUGCUGAUCUACCACAUCCUCCGCCGGUGGCCACUGCUCAUCUAUGCCAUCAGCUGGACCACAGUCCUCACCCUGACCGUGGCAGUGGCAUCCUUCUCUCCCGAGAUUGCGUUUGUCUCGGCCAUUUCUCCCACCUCGUCCUUCCAUGCCUGCCACACCAAUAAGGCCAUCAGAGUUCCGCUAGACAUGCCUGGACAAGUGUUCUGCUUGCCAUCCUAUCUCUUCACCAAGUCCAAAAUUGAUCUUCUCGUGCCACCAGUCUUUGCAGCAGUGGUUGUUGCUGGCUCCGCCUUUUUGGUUCGAGCAGCUGCCUUGUGGGAGGACGAUGCUCAUUCUUAUUAGUCCACUUGGAUGUUUAUGUUGCUUGUAUACAUACCUAUAUACAUAGAUAUACCAUAGUUUUUUUGGUUCAUUUUUUCUUUCCUUUUUCGUCUCACUAAAGCCUUGAAAGUUUUCAAUUUUCGUUACAACUUUACAAGGGUAAUAUUUAUUCUUCAAUCUUCAUAUGUUACACACAAUACACACAAGUGCAAAAGAAAGAAAGAAAUUGCUAUUAUAUCAAAUAUUAAUGGAAACAACGAACACAAUCCAUUCCAGUAAGUAAAUAACUCGAGACCUCCAAGACAUAAUGAUGAAUCGUGAAUAAUACUAAGACUCUGUCUCACGCACACUCUUAUUAUGAUGAAUUUUUCUAAUUAUGAACACAGCAUUACGAUUAAUGGUGAAAUGAGGAUAAGUAGUUGUUUUGAUCAAGACUUUGCAGUAGAAGCAACCAACUUGUUGCUGAAGUCCCAGAGCUCCCUAGCCAGCUUUUGGUCUCUGGCAUAUGCACUUGGCUCCAUCUCGUUACAAUCCAAGUAGUAUUUCCCACUUACACCUUUCAGCCUUGGAUCCAAUGCCACGUAGCAUGUUGUGGAAGCCCCCUGUCCAUACAUAUAUAAAGUACACUUUAUAUAAAGAAUUUUCCAAACAAAGAUGCAUCUGAUUCACUCAUUCAAGACUUUACCUGAGGUACAUUCUUCCACAGGAGACAUGUAAAAAACUUCAAAAUUCCUGCAAAUACAUACAUCAUAUAUAUAUAUAUAUAUGCAUCAUGUCAUGUGUUGUGAUUGUAAAUAUAUAAUAUACUUGUAAAAUAAAGGUGAAGCAUCAUAAACACACUCAUCAGAAGAGCAGAGUGCCUCAUAAGAGGUGUCAUUAUCAAUCCAGGGUGGACAGAAUUCACUGUGAUGUUUGCUCCGACUUCCUGCAAUAAUAUCAAAUGUAAUUAUAAUCUUUUUUUUUUAUUUUAUUAUUUUACUAACAAUCCAAUUUGACAUAAAAAGAUUCUUAAUGACCUGCAACCGACGGGAUAGUUCUUUGGCAUGUAAUAUGUUGGCUAGUUUGGAUUGGCCAUAAGCUCUUUUGUCAGAAUAACUGAAACCCAAUAAAAAUGAUUAUAAAUAUAUAUCUACUUAUACAGAACAAUAUUCAUUUUUAAAUUUAUUGCACCCUCAUACAUACCUUCUUUCAUCAUUGAUCUUUUGGAAACGAAUUCCUCCUUCAUAAGUGUGUAGAUGGGCUAUAGAGGAUAGAUUCACAAUCCUUCCUUCAAUACCAGUGGUUCUGGCUGUGUCUUUCAUUUUAUCAAGGAGAAGGCUUGUUAAGAGGAAAUGACCUGUUCAUAAAUCAAAUAAUCAUGAAAUCACACAUAAUUCUUAAUUUCUAUUAGAGAAAGAAAAAAAAAAACAAAAAAGUUAAAAACUUGUUGGUAACUAAAUCUUAAUUAUACCUAGAUGAUUGGUUGCAAACUGCAUCUCUAUCCCAUCUUCUGAAAGCUGGAAUGGGCAAAACAUUACACCAGCAUUGUUUCUGUAAUAUACAGUGUUUUCAUGUACAUAUAUAUCAAUACUUUUUGUACGAGAAAAGAAUAUACGGUGUUUAAUAGUGAUUAGCUUAGAUUAAGAUAAGAUUACAUUAGUAUGUUAAGGGGAAGAUGAAGAGCAUGGAAGUUAUCCACAAAAGAUCUAACAGAUUUGGUUGAGCUGAGAUCGAGUUUUAGAACAUCCACUUUAGCAUUUUCUAUUUCAUUCAAAAUCACUUGUUUUGCUUUAUUUGCAGCAUCAGUGUUCCUUGCUGCAAUGAUCACAUGGGCACCCCUAAGAGCCAAAACUCUUGAGGUUUCCAACCCAAUCCCACUUCCACCUCCUGCAAUUUUGUUUUUUCUAAUUUUACUCAGCUCUUGUAAUUAUUCUUUUUAGCAUACAUUUCUAACAAAAUCACAAACAUAUAAAUACAUGACCACACAAAUAAUCACUACAUUAGUUUAUUAUGAGAAAGAAAGUAAUAACAGCUGCUGACCAGUGACAAUAACAGUGAGCUUAGAUGCAUCAAUCCCUUCAGUGACUUCCUCGGCAGUGGAGGCUGAUCCAUAGCCGCUUGGGCCAGGUCUCCCAGUCACCAGAGAAAAUAUGCUCAUUGUUACUUGGGUUUUUUUUUUGUUUGUUUAAAAAUGCACUUGAGAAU